UAAACAUUAAGUACGAAGAAAUGUAACCUUCCUUUCGAAUCAGUUUCGGUUAGGAACGAGGCUGACAUUGUCUGUGUACAUAACAUAUCCCCAGUGAUUUUAUCAGUAUUGUGUGUAAUAUGAAGCUCUAUACGAAUGACAGUAAUACGAUUAGUUUAAAAAUACUCAUCAGUUGUGAAAUAGUGGGUAAAAAUGUAGAAAUUGAGAUCGUACAGGUGGAUGAUAAACGGUUCCAAGGACCAAAACGCCUGCCGGUUCUUUUGUUAGAUACUGGUGUCAGUCUGUUUUCAAGCAAUACUGCUGCUAGUGUUCUAUUUCACCCACAAGAAGAAGAUGUUGAAGCAGUAAAUAAGUGGUUGUCAUGGGAGGCUGAAAAAUUACAGCCGGUUCUGGUCUUAUAUCAUAAUAAAAAUGAGUUCAUAUCAAUUGUUGAAGAAUUAUUUAAUGAAUUAAAUUCUGCUUUGUCUUCAACUACUCAUCUUGUUGGUGACAAAAUUACAACAGCUGAUAUUUGUGUUUGGUCAGCUCUUUAUCCAAUUUAUACUGAAGAAAAAUUCAAAAGUAAAUUGUUCAAUGACAGAAAAGGAAUUUUAAAAUGGUUCGAGAAUCUUUAUCAGCAGAAAUAUUUUAAAGAUGCAGAAAAAAAAUUAAAUGCUAAAAAAGGUUUUGCUGCUAUGCAGAGUAUCGCUACUGCUUGUUGGUAUCCUCUUCCAAGUUCUGUGUCUGAAGAUGUCAGUGUUUCUUCGAAGGAAAAAAGUGAUGAAUUAGUCUCAGCUGAAGAAGUAAAUUUGGCUAUAUCGGCAUGGGAGAAGGGACCAUCAUCAAGAGUCAAAAUUAAACAAACUAAGAAACCGAUUUUACCUCUGAAGGGUGAAAAGAAUAUAUUAAUAACUUCGGCACUUCCAUAUGUUAAUAAUGUGCCUCAUCUGGGCAAUAUAAUAGGCUGUGUUUUGUCUGCUGAUGUUUUUGCACGGUACUGCCGAGCAAGAUCAUGGAAUACAUUAUUCAUUAGUGGAACAGAUGAGUAUGGUACCGCAACAGAAACAAAAGCUCUGGAAGAAGGUCUUACUCCCCAAGAAAUCUGUGAUAAAUACUUUGCAAUACAUAGUGAUAUUUAUUCUUGGUUUAAUAUUUCCUUUGAUCACUUUGGGCGAACAACGACUGUUGAACAAAAAGAGGUUGUCCAGAAUAUCUUUAAUGCAUGCCAUAAAAAUGGAUUUACUAGUGUUGCGGAAAUGGAUCAACUUUUUUGUGAAAAAUGUGAAAGGUUCUUAGCUGAUAGAUUUGUGGAAGGAACGUGUCCGGAUUGCAAAUUUGAAGAUGCCCGAGGUGAUCAAUGCGAUGGUUGUGGUCAUCUAAUGAACACCGUAGACUUGAUAGCGCCAAGGUGUAAGUUAUGCCAGACUACUCCCGUUGUCAGGCAGUCCCAGCAGUUAUUUUUGGAGCUUCCGAAGAUAGAUAGUUGGCUUGGAAAUUGGGUUGAUCAAACUAGCAACGGUUGGUCUAAUAAUGCCAAGGUCAUAACAAAGUCCUGGCUUAACAAAGGUUUGAAACCUAGGUGUAUUACCAGAGAUCUGAAGUGGGGUGUACCUGUACCAUUGAAGAAUUUUGAACAAAAGGUAUUCUAUGUCUGGUUUGAUGCACCCAUUGGCUACAUGAGUAUGACCAAAGUCUAUACUAAAGAUUGGCUUAAAUGGUGGAAAGUCGAUCCCCAAUGUGAUGUUAAACUAUACCAGUUUAUGGCAAAAGAUAACGUCCCUUUUCAUGGUAUAAUGUUCCCAGCGACCUUAUAUGCUAGUAAAGGGAAUUAUGUAAUGCUUAGCCAUUUGAUGGCAACAGAGUACUUAAAUUACGAGGAUGGCAAAUUUUCAAAAUCUAGAGGAAUAGGAGUUUUUGGGAAUGAUGCUAAAGAAACUGGCAUUCCAAGUGAUAUAUUUAGAUUUUAUUUAUUGUACAUAAGACCAGAAUCACAAGACUCAAACUUUUCUUGGGCAGAUUUUGCUAUUAAAGUCAAUACAGAACUUUUGAACAAUGUUGGCAACUUCAUAAACAGGUCUUUGAUGUUUGCAGAUAAGUUUUAUGCUGGCUGUAUUCCACCAAUCAGUGUCACCGAAGAAGAGAAGAAACUUUUAGGUUUGGUCAGAAUGGAAUUAAAAAGUUAUAUUUCCUCUUUGGACAAAGCUAAAUUGAGGGAGGGUAUUAAAUAUAUCUUGAACAUAUCUAGGCAUGGGAAUCUUUAUAUACAAUCUCACAAGCCAUGGGAACUUGUGAAAGGAUCAGACGAUGAAAAGAGUCGAGCUGGGACUAUUGUAGGUGUUGCUUGCAAUAUGGUUUGCUUGCUUACAAGCCUUCUGCAACCCUAUAUGCCAGAUACCGUAAAGACGCUUUCUCAGCAAUUGAAUUUACCUAUAGAAUCAUUUAGCAUAGAAGCGGAUUUCAUUCCGUAUCUGGAUGCCGGUCACAAAAUUGGAAAGCCUUUCCCGUUAUUUACGAAAAUAGAACCAGCUGUAGCUGAAUCUCUCAAGGCUAAAUAUGCAGGUAGGCAGAAGUCUGGUUCACCUGAGUCUGUCGCUCCAUCAACGCCAUCAAACGUACAUACUUUGGCAAAUGCAAAUGAUUACUUGAAAGCAAUCAAAAGCUUAGAGGAAGCAGUUACUAAACAGGGAGAUUUAGUUCGUAGUAUGAAGGCUGCUGGAAAAAGCAAAGAAGAAUUACAGCCAAUGAUAAGUGCACUUCUAGAUAUAAAGAAAAAACACACAGAAAUGAAAACUGCGUAUGAAAAACAGGCAAAUGGUCUUCCUCUUCCUGAAAAAGAAAAGACACCAAAUCCUGAUUUAAUUGCUUCUUUAGAAAAAGAAGUUGCUAAUCAGGGAGAGAAAGUGAGAAUUCUGAAGACUAGUGGUGCUGAUAAAACAGUUUGGCAGCCUGAAGUUAAUAUUCUUCUAGAUUUAAAGAAGAAAUUAGCCGAAGCUACAGGAACCCCUGUCGUCCAGCCACAACCUGCUGGAAAAAAGAAAAAAUCUAAAAAAUGAUUUUAAUACUGACUUAAUAUUAAAUAUAACUUAUUUAUUUCUA